UCAAGCAGGAUACAAAAUGGCGACGUUGAAAAAUACGUUUUCGGAAUCGUCUUCAUUUGAACAGCCACCGAACGCUAAUGAAGACGGUGUUUUCAAAGAGUUUAUGACCGAGGUGAAAGAAAUUGAAAAGAGAGACUCUGUUUUAACACCAACACAACAGAUUGACAGACUUUUGAGACCUGGGGCGACCUAUUUUAAUUUGAAUCCAUUUGAGGUAGGUUCACCUCUAUUUAUUGGUCAUAAUGCAAUAUUUCUACUAGCACUUAACAAGGCAUGGAAAACUAUAGAAGACGAUAAGUUAUAUGAAAGAUGUUUAGAAAUUAUUGCCGAGGCCAAAGAAAAAACAGAAUAUAUGAUGACAGAAAAAAGAAAGAAAUUGAAAAAAGAAGGGUUGCAGACAGUAAUAGAUGAGGAUGAUGAACAAAAGUAUGCACAUGCCGUUUGGGUGCAGACAUGUAAACUGUUUGCUGAUCUUGAAAGACAAAGGAGACAACUUGAAGAGAGAGACAUGCAAGAAAGAAAAAGACAACGUGAAGGAGAAAUUGAGACUGAAGAAAAAGAGGAACGUGAGAAGGAAUGGCAAGAGAAAUGGGAGGAAAGCCGUGAUUCCAGGGUUGACAGCUGGAGAAGCUGGUCAGCAGGUGGUAAACCGGGAAAAGCAAAGAAAAAGAAGAAAACACUGAGAGCAGAAUUUAAACCUCCAAAACAUAAAGCAGAAACAAGAUAAAAACAAUUCUUAUUUUUUGUAUUUUGUUCAUAUUUUAUGUAUUUAACCAACUGGAACAUUGUAUGUAUAUGUCACCUACUAGUUUUUUUUAUUUGACUGAAAUUUUCAUAAUGUUGUACUGAGAGUAAAGACAGAAUAAAAGAGAACUUAAAUCCA